AAUACUCCUGCGCCUCCGCUCCCUCCCCCGACGGCCGCCAUCUCCUCCUUAGGUUUCAGUCCUCCUCCGCCUCCGGUCUCGAGAGCUCGCCAGAAUGGUCGCCCACAGGUUCCACCAGUACCAGGUGGUGGGUCGCGCGCUGCCGACCCCGGGCGAUGAGCAGCCCAAGAUCUACCGCAUGAAGCUCUGGGCCACCAACGAGGUCCGCGCCAAGUCCAAGUUCUGGUACUUCCUGAGGAAGCUCAAGAAGGUGAAGAAGGCCAACGGCCAGAUGCUCGCCAUCAACGAGAUCUUUGAGAAGAACCCGACCACCAUCAAGAACUACGGCAUCUGGCUGCGCUACCAGAGCAGGACCGGUUACCACAACAUGUACAAGGAGUACCGCGACACGACUCUGAACGGCGGUGUGGAGCAGAUGUACACGGAGAUGGCGUCGCGGCACCGCGUGCGUUCCCCGUGCAUCCAGAUCAUCAAGACUGCGACGGUGGACUUCAAGCUGUGCAAGAGGGACAACACGAAGCAGUUCCACAACUCGAAGAUCAAGUUCCCGCUGGUGUACCAGAAGGUGCGCCCCCCCACCCGCAAGCUCAAGACCACCUACAAGGCCACAAGGCCCAACCUCUUCAUGUGAGCGGGUCCCCACUGCCUACUGUUUUAGCGUGUGUAAGAGUUUGAAUGUUUUGCAUGUGGAAGUUUUGGUUAUGCACUUUGAGAAUGUUUUCAGUUGGCACUGAGGAUGCUGCUGCGUUGAUGCAACUCUUGACUUUGUUUCGUAUUAGUAAUGAGCAGCAGAUCUAUUGUUUCGCUA